AUGCUCAUAAAUAAGAGUGGUAUGAAUACAAUGGGGGAACAAAAUUAUAUGAUUCAUAAAUUUUUUAAGAAAAAUGAAACGAAUCAUAAAGAAGAAAACGAUUUACAGUGGUUUCACAAAAAAAAUUAUAAACAAAAUACAAUAGAAAAUAAGAAAAAUAUAAAAAACAAAAAACAAACUCCUAAAAAUCGAAUCAAAUAUAUAACAUAUACAAAUAAUGAAAGUAUAUGCAAUUUUUAUUCAUGGCCUUGUCAUUUUGUAUAUUUUCGGAACCAGACCCACACUCAAACUAAAUGCACUAAAAAUAAACAUAUUAAAAAUGAUGAAACUAAAAUGAAAUAUCAUUUAGUUCGUUUUUCAAGCUUAACAAAUGUUAAUAAAUCGACUAGCCAAAUGUUAUAUGAUAUGAACAUGAUAGAGAAAAAUAUUUCAAAAGGUGAUUCUACAAAAGAAUUGUAUGUGCCUCAUAUAUAUAGUGAUGAAAAAAAAAGAAAAGGAAUUUUGAAAAUUGAAAAAUGGAAUAAAAAAGAAAAAAAAAAAGUUCGCAUAAAUAUAUGUUGUGAUAAUAAUAGUGAUAAAAUUGGGGAAUGUUUUAUUUCAGUAAGCAAACAGGAAGUAAGUUACCCCCAAAUAAAGAAUGGUGAUAAUUGUAGUUUGCCACAAAUAAAUUGUAAAUCAUACAAUAAAAAUAAGAGUAUUAUAAACAUUUGUGAAAAUGAUGAAAUCCGACGAAUAAUUAGUAAUAGUAGUUAUGGGGAUAGCUUUACUUAUAGUGAUUUAGAUGCAUAUAUGGGUGAAUAUAUGGAUAACAUAGAAAAUGUUUCUUCAAUUGCUCCAUUUGAUUUAGAAUCAAUACAUCUAGCUAGUAAUGAUGGUAACAUAGAAUUAAUAAAAUAUUUAUUAAAGUCUGGAAUAGAUAUAAACAGUAAAACAAAAAUAAGAAAAUAUACAGCAUUACAUAUAUGCGCAUCUAAAGGAGAUAUAAAAACAGUAAAAUUUUUAGUAAAUAAUAAUGCAGACAUAAAUGCAUUGACAUACAAUAAUGAAACAGCAUUGUGGUUUGCAUCUAUAUCGAAUCAUUUGAAUGUAUGUAAAUAUUUAUUACAAAAUGGGGCAUUAUCAUAUUUAAAUAAAAAAGGAGAUUCAGCUUUGCAUGCUGCAUCAACUAUGGGUAAUUAUGAAGUCGUAAAAUUAUUAAUAGAUAAUUCAGCUAAUAUUACACAUUUAGAUGUAAAUUUGUUAGAACCCAUACACUAUGCAUCUUUUGAAGGGCAUAAAGGAAUUGUAAAAAUAUUAAUGUAUAAACAAAUCGAACAAACUUUAAAAGAAACAAUGGAUAAAAUUAUAUAUAAUAUGAAAAUAUAUAAUGUGUAUACAAAAAAUUUAGAAACUUAUUAUUAUUUUAAAUAUAAAUCAAUUAUUAAAAAAAAGGUUAUGAGUAAAAUAUUAUGUUGUGUUAUCACUUCAGGGAGCUAUAAAUUAGUAAAAUAUAUUUUAAAAAAAGGAGCAAAUGUAAAUUAUUUUGAUAUACAUCUACAAUUAUUUCCAAUACAUGCUGCUGCAGUAUCUGGAAAUAUAAAAAUAUUUAAAGCUCUAAUUCACAAAGGAGCAAAUUUAUUUGUUAAAACGCCAUGUAAUAAUUUGCCUAUAAAUUUAGUUGAAGAUGUAGAAUUAAGACAAUAUAUUUUACAACAGUCUCGAAAAAUAAAUUUAAGAAAUGCAUGGAUAAUACGAAAUAAGAAAUCUGAUCAUAUAUUCUCACAUUUAUCAUAUGAUAUUUUUUAUCAUAUAUGUUUAUUUUUCUAA